UUACUAACUCCCGGCUAUCCACCGGCAUCAGACAGACUUUGUUAUUCGCAAUGAAAAUUAAAUGUCGGCUAGCCACAUAAGUGGAUAAAUUUGAGUUUGGUAGAUUUUAAACUCGGGGUGUUUACCACGUUUAUAUGCCUACCGUACCAAUCCAUCACGCUUGUGGUUGUAUGUAUCUUUUUAAGUUCUCAAUUCUAAAACUAAAAACAUAAGAUGAACAUUAAAUUUUCUGCUAAACAAAAAUUGUUAGUGUUAUGUCAGAAUUUUCUUUAACAUAUAACUUAUGAAAUCUUUUAUCAGUUUUCUGUUACUGAAACAACUGUUGCUUUAAAAUUAGAAGUACAUAUGAAUAUGAUGUAUACACAGGCAAAGCAGCUAGUAUUAUGUUGAUGCUAUCUUCUAACCACCACGUUCAUAUCUCUCUUUCUCCGUAUAAAAAUAUAUCUUAAGAACUCGAAAUGAAGGAAGAAGGUACUCCACGUAAGUGUUAGGUAGUAAAAAGAAUUAAAGAACUUAAUAUCCAGGAACGUGAGCUUUGUUUGGAUUAAUGAGGCUUUGGAUACUAUGAGAAAGCCCAUCAAGCUGCCACUUAAAACCUAAAUACAUUAAUUGUUAUAAAAAGUACUUACGAAAUCGUUCAAAGGCCUAUUAGCUCAGUUGGUUAGAGCGUCGUGCUAAUAACGCGAAGGUCACAGGUUCGAAACCUGUAUAGGCCAUUUAUUUUUUCAUUUUUGACAAACCUGUGUAAUCCCAUUAUAUUUCCAUGCCUCUCAUGUCUCAUCACAGUCUCAUGGUCUUCUCCCGCCCACGCCAAAAUUAAUUAAAUAUAUGAAUAGAACCUAUCAUUAUGUCUAGUCUAGAGUGUUAAUGAAGGAAUAGUAAAAAAAAAUCCUGAAUUUAUUUUUGAGCGAAAAAUUUCGUCAAAGUUGUCAUCAAAAUAGUAAAGAAGACACUGUAGUUUCUUCUUUUUUUAACCCCCACAUACUGUGACUUCAGUUCACAAUAUCUAAAAGCGAUAUGAAAAGAAAUGAGAAAAUGUGGUAAAAAGAUAAAAGGCAGUGCGCGUCAAAUCUUGAAAAUGGGAUGGAUAGUGUGGUGUGUUGUUUUUUGUGUUUUUGGCCGAAGAAAAAAAAGUUCUAAUAAUAAUCAAAAAGAGACAAAGCCAAUCUGGUAACGUAGUUCAAACCACUCCUUUCAUAUCUUUUGGUGAUUGAUUACACGCUUAUCUUUUUUUUUUUUUUUUUUUUGAUAAAAUUACACGCUUAUCUUAUCCUCUUCAAUUAUACAUGGGAGAGAUUAUGGACACCCCAGUCUUAAAAGAAAACACACACAUGGCCUAUGGGCUCUUUCAUCAAAAAAAAAAAUUAUAUUAUAUUGAUGGUUAUCAAAAAAAAAAUAUAUAUUAUAUUGAUUAUAGCGCUAAGAAUGCUUUCUUAUUUUUUAGUAUUUUGUUAACUUGUUAGGUCUGGAUUAGUGCGUUUAGCAAAUUUCUGAACAAGAAAAAAAAAAUCUGAACAAGAGUUCUAACUUCUAACUGAUGAUACUAGCUGCUAAAUAUACUCAGAUCAAGUAAAUUAGAAGUUUAUAACUAAUACAUACGUGAAUUACCACUUGUAAACAACUUAGUUAUAAAAGAAAAUAAGUCCUUGAGAAGAGGUUUAACCAUUGAUUCUAAUCUGAAUCCUGUGUGUAUGAUAGUAUGAGAGAGAUUAUGAGCCAAAAGGAUUGGAACUUUCUUGUUACUCAAAAAAUUCAUGUGUGAAAAAAAAAAAAAAUUCAUGUGUGAAAGAAAGUUGUGGAAGGUGAAAAUGGUGGCCAGUCUUUCGAAGCCCACCACACUGUGUUGUCUCAGAAAGAAGGCAUUGUUUUUCGUAAUAGUUCGAAGAGUUUUCAUUUGUAGGGCCAAACAUUUGAGCCCAUUGUGGAAAAUACGAAAAACUUAUUGGGCUAAAUGGGCCCAGUUAUAACUUAUCGUGUUUCGGCUGUUUCCUAGCUACUUCAAUGAUUUGCAAUUGGAGAGGAUAGUUUCAGGGGCGGAAGAUGAACACAUGGGGAAUGUUUGAUAGAAAGAGAUGGGAUUGGUGAGAGAAGUAUAGCCAUAAGAAGCAACUUUAAGAGUGCUGAGGUUCACAAUAAAAGAAAGCUACCUUACAAUUCUCCCUCUUUUGUUUCCUUCACCAAAACCUCCAAACUCCAGAUAUUGACUUGACAAUCAUAGAAAUAUAUUUUAGCAAAAAAAGAAGAUCAUAGAAAUAUAGGGCGAUCUUUUAUUUUAACAGAAAUGUUUUUAUAUACAUAUAAAACUAAAAUGAUUCUUUCUUUAUUGGUUAAAGAAAAUAGCAUUAUUUUCAUGAAUAUCAAGGAUUGGUUAGGUAUGAUGGAGAUGGAGAUGUAGAUGCAACUGUCCACUACAAAACCAGGGGGCUCAGGUGCUCUUAACAUAUCCUUUUCAACGUGUACGCCUCAUGACAAAGCUCUUCCCUAGUUAUGUCUUUGUUGUUGAUUGUUGUACAACCAAAACCAUGUCACGUGUCAUCUCCCUUGACAUGUCUCCGCACGUGUGGGCUCGAAUCUCAUCUUAACCACUACUUACUAUUCGUGGCAUGUCUAUGUCAUGCCUUUGUAACCAUUAAAUAUGGAAUCUAUUCAACGUGACGUUGCCUCCUUCCUAAGCCCAGUUUUUUCUUCUUUAUUUACAUCUUCUUUUGUUAUUAAAGAACAGAUUUCUGAUGUUAUUCUAUUAAAAUAUUAAUUCUGUAUUGAGAAAUCCUCUAUAGUAUAUCUCACCAGUCCUCGUAACACAUUCGAUCAGCUGUUUAUGAGAAAUUUUUAUCUCUUUGUUCCUAAAACUUGUUUUUAGUCUUCGUUCAUAAUUAACAUCCUGUUACACUAAAGUGGAUUCCAAGAUUCUAUAUUGUUUUAGAUAGACUAGAUUAUACCAAACUUUAUUGGCCAUACUUUUUUUUUGAGCAACCAACUUUAUUGGCCAUACAAAUGGUAGAACAACUCGGGUUAUGAUAAUCUCAAACUCAUAAUAUUCGGACAAGUCUGCUUUGGUUUAUGCCCUAAAUAUUAACCAAAUAAUUCAUUAAGUUCAAUACAAAAGAAUUUUGACAGAGAUAUCAUAACACCAUAUUGAUCGUAUAAUAUGUUUCUUCGAUGUUUUCACAAAACAUUACGGAUAAAAUCUCAGAAAUCCAGCCAAGCUACUAAGAUUGUGAUUGGAGGUCAGGUCAAUUAGAUGUAAAAGACAAAACGAAAAAGUCACAAAACGGUUCUUUGAAAGAUCGAAGAAAUACUAGUAGUAAAUUUAAAACUUUCACUCAUCAACAGAUUUGGAAUUUUUAAAAUGAUGAAUUUAAUGGCAAUAUGUUUACUUUUUGUUUAGUAUCAUUACUACAAAUUUUAAAUUGGAUUUCUCUUUGAAGGGUAUUGUACUACAUACUUUUUUGGGUACUAAAUACCCUAAAUACUGACCUGAGAGUGAUUAUAAAAAGAUCAUUAAUUUGACUCUCAUGAUUAUUGAAUAAAGAUUUAAUUGUCAUGGAUGAGUGACUUCAAAGCUCUUCUUCAAAAGAUAAGAAACACACCCACAAUGUUUAUUUUACUAAAUUAAAGAGACACACGUAUUCAGAUUCUAAGAAUUUUUUUGAUCUACAAAAUUAGAUUAAGGUCACAAAAGAUUUGUUCAAACAGACAUUUAUACAUUAGUUAGAGCCUUAGAGGAGUAAGAAUUAUUUUUAAGGUAACUAUUAACUGGUAUAAAUAGAAUUUAAUGGACUCAUGCGUCUUGUGUGGAUUGCUGUCCAUAACCGACCAAGUUUUUGAAAACCAAGGACAAAUUGCAAAAAGAAAAAAAAACUUCAAAGUUAGAAUCCAAGGCACACCAGAGAGGAUAGCCCCACAUUAUCAUAAAUACAAUCAAUUAAUUUCCUACACCUUAUCAGAAAGCUAAUAAAAUCAAAGGAGCCCACCUUCUCCUUCAAUUAAGUUCCUCACUCACGCAUUUUGUGGGUCACACAAAACUCUUAUGACAUAUGUCCCUCCAAAUUUCUAACUUUUUCAACAUUCAAACCAUUUGAUUGUAACCAUUCUAAAUAUAUAAACUAUCGUAAUCCACUAAUAUUAUUGACGUAUGGAUAUCGCAUGAUGUAUACGUUUUACGACCCGUAUAUUCACAUACUUAAUGAUGAAAGACGUACAAGUCACAUUAUUUGUUGUUAUAUAAACCUAAACACCUUAUAUUUCAUUCUAUCAUAUACUGUAAACUUGUUCCUCCUUAUCAUCCAAGUAUCUCAUCUUCAAACCCUAAUUAAAUAAUGUCCAUGAAAGGGAUCUCAUCAGCAGAACCAGAUAAGGUCUCCAAGAGAAUGUCUUCUCACAAGCGCACUGAUGCUUAUUCUGGCGAGCUCGACGUGUUCGAGGCCGCCGUAUACUUCUCCGGCUACAACGACUUCUCCUCAGGUGACCAUAGACACACACAAAAGUAUAGCUAUAACGCUGCGAGAGAGGAGAAUCGAAGGAGAUGGGGAAUAUUAGGAGGAGGGAGAAGAAGAAGCCUUGAUUUACCGAUGAGAUAUUCAGAGCAGGUGCAUCAUCUUCACCAAGAUCAUCCUGAGAAACAAGAUGUUACAAUAAUCAAAGAGAGGUUUGGUAACGUGAGACACAAGCAACCAAGCUCGCCUGGUGGGAGAAUCGCCAGCUUCUUGAACUCUUUAUUUCACCAAGCGGGCUCGAAGAAGAACAAGUCAAAGGCAAAGCCAACGGACCGAGAAGUCGAAGAUGAGAUCCCUGGAGGUGGAUGGAUGAGGAGGAGGAGAAGAAGCAGUAUUAGCCAUCUCUUAGGCUCAAGUAAAUCUAAUUCAACAGCCACAACGACAUCAUCAUCAUCAAAAUCUCUGUUCUCGUCGUCAAGCUCGGGUUUCAGAACUCCUCCUCCUUAUUUAAACACUCCCACCAAGAACUACAAGCAGUUCUUGAAUUUCACUUCUACCACAAACCAAGUGGAAGUACUGGAAGAAAAGAAAAUAAACAAAGAGUUGUCUUGGCUUGAUGAGAAACUUAGAGUGAUGGAAAACCUCUCAGAGAAAGAUAAGUUUUGGGCUGACCAUGAUGGUGAUAUUGAUGAUGAUGAUGAUGAUGAGGCCCGGAGAAUAAAGAGCAAGGGAAAGGAUGAUGAUGGAAUGGAGAGUGAUUCAAGUUCUGAUCUCUUUGAGUUGCAGAACUACGAGUUGUCUCGUGGAGGCUUGCCAGUUUACGAGACUACCAAUGUAGCUAACAUCAACAACACUCAUCUAUAAUCUUUGUCUUGGAGUGUCAUGAUGAAUCCAUCAGAUCUUGGUAAAAAUAAUUAUAUUAGUUGUUCUUGUCUGAUCGAUUAUAUGUAAUAUUCUUCUGGAUUUCUUGGAUUUGAUUGUGGAAGGUUUUUUUGGUAUGAGAUCUGAGGGUAGAUUUGAUAAAUACCUUCUCUCACUUGGAUUUUGUUUCCAACUCGUUACGUGUAUUUUCCUGUAAAAUAUUUUUUUUGUAUAAAUAUUGUUAAUAUUUUAUCAUCAGAUUACGUGGUGAACCA